AUGGGGCAGGCGAAUUCCACGUUCGAAAGGCCUCACUCGCCCCCCACCUCGCCCGUCGGCCGCUACAACUUCCCUCCGCCGCUCUUUCCGCCCUCCCCUUCCGCCGCGUUCCCCUCCCCGCGCCUGACCACUCCGCGCACGUGGCAUCCGGACGUCGUGCGCGCGGUCUUCUCCGACAGCGACUGCGUGCACGACGCCGUGUCGGGUCUCUUAACUCAGUACGUCGAGAAAAUAGUAGGCGCCACGGAUGCCAACUACCGCGAUCCGGACUCCAUAGAAGCCAUAUUCCUAGGCGCUCCCGCUACCGGCGCUGGUGGCAGCGGCGAAGGCGCCGGCGAUGCCGGCGGAGGAGGCGGCGGCGGCGCCCACCAGGCACAUUCCGCGACCGCGGCGGAUGCGCCAGAACUCCCCGGACGACGUUCGUCCCCCUCCUGCCCCACUAAUGGGGAACAUUCCGCCAAAUCCGCAGUAGCUGCAGCUGCGGGGGAAGGGGUUGCUACAGCCGCUACAGCCGCCGCAACCGCUGCAAAUGCGUCACGCGCAGUUGCGAGCGAAUCCGUCGCGUCGCAGCAGCAGCAGCAGCCGGCGCUGCAUCCGCUGAAGCGGCUGUCCAGCCGGCGGCUCGUGGCGGCGCCCGUGGCGCGCGCGCGGGAGGCGGCGACGCGCGAGGCGCUGGAGCAGCUUGAAGGCGCGAUGCGACAGCUGGCGCGCGCGGAGUACGACUGGCUGGUGAGCAAGAUCGCGGAAGCUUCUGCGAUGGCGGCGGGGAAUAAGGAGGUGAGCAGCGCAAAUAACGGCGCGGGGGGCGGAGGGGGGGCCGCUGGGGGAACGGGCGGAAGAAGCGGGCGGAGCAUUGCGGGGAUCGGGAGUAUUAGUCAACGGUUUACCCGAAGCACCAGCACUAGUCGCUCGCUGCCGCUGGGGCAGGCGCUGUCGCACAAGCACGCGAGCGGCGGCCAAUCAGAGGCGCGCGCGAAGCCUGGCGAAAGUCGCACAGCGUCGCAGGGGCAUCUGGGGCUGGAGGCUGCGAAAGUGGAGGAAGUGUUCGUGGUGGGGCUGGCGAUGUGGGUCGAAUUCUGGAAGCAAUGGGCCAAACCUGCCAGCCACGGCGCCGAAGCUGCUGCCUCGUCGCUAGGCUCGGGAUUAGGCUCGGCGGCGCAGGGGGGGAAGCUGGGGAGGGGUGCCGGGCAGUGGGGACGGAAGGGCGCGGAAGGGGGGCUGCGGAGUCUGAAGAAGCGGAGGGAGAGGAUGAGGCGGAAAGAGCAGGAUGGUGGGGGGACAGGGGGAGGUGCGGGGAAGGAUGGGGGAGUGUUGAGCAAAGAAGGAAAGGAGAGGGUUUUGGGGGGUAAUUCCGUGCUGGAGGUGCAAUUGGAUGGGUUAAGUUGCAAGAAACCCUUGGAAGAAGGGACGUUUUUCUCAGUUGACUUGGGGGAUGAGGAGGGAGGUAAAGGGGGGAGAGGGGAGGCGGAGGGGGGAAUGGAGAGUAUCGAUUUGACUAGUGGGCGGGACCAGGGGAGAGCGAGAAGGGGCAGGCGGGGAGGAAGAGGAAGAAGGGGAGGAAAGGGGGAAAGCGGGCAGGAUUCUGGAAGCUUCAAGGAAGGUUCUGGCGCUGAUUAUCGGGAAGGUGGGGGGCGGAAUGGGGAGGUGAGGGAGAGGGAUGGGAAGAGGGAGGUACGGCACAAGAGGCUUUGGCAGAAGAAACGACGGCACAAGGCAGGAAAUGGAGUGGCAGCAGUUGGUUUGGAUGCUCGGCUGUCUGUUAGUGAGUGCUCCGGCCCAGAACUAGACACUGUAGCUGCUACUGCCACUGCCACUGCCAACCACUGUAAUGGGUCCCUCUAUGACGAGGAUUUCUCUAGUGACACUGUAAGGUUUGAUUUUGAAAAGCUUCCUAACGGAGCCCUCUGUAACGAGGACAGCUGGAGCUCGGACAGCAAUGGGUCGAGCGACGAAAGCACGUACUACAAUCUCAACGAGUACGGCGCUUAUAACGAGUGCAGUGCUUAUAACGUGUUCGGAUCUUAUAACGAGUACGGCGCCAGCUACAGCGCGAGCGGCAGCAGCGGCACGCCGUUCUCAGCGUGUGCCCCACACGGGGGGGCGUGUGGCGUCCACGUGGCAGAGGUAGAGGGCGACCUGAGGGCCGAGGCCGGGCGGCAACUGCAGGAGCAGCUGCUGGCGGAUCUGCUGGAUGGGCGGCAGGGCGCUCUGGGCGGCAAGCAGGGCGCAUGGGGGGAGGUGUUAUCUGGGGGCGGUGGUGCUGGGGUGGAGGGGUAUUGUAUGGAGGGGUAUGGAAGCGUGGCAACGCCAACAGGGAGGGUGACAGUGAUAAAGGGGUUCCGGGACGACGAGGAGAGUGCGGCAGGGAGUGUGUCAGGUGGCAAGGGCACGAGAAGCAGCGCAGCAGGUGGGGGCAGCACGUCGCCACUGCUCAACGGGCAAGGACUCAACCCGCCUCUCUUCCAGCGCCAGCCCUCCUGGGCCUCCGGCAAGCCUGCUGCCUUGGAGACAGGCAAGCCUCCUGCUGCUGCUGCUGCUUCUGCUGGAGCUGCUCGCUCCUCGCUGUACCGGCAGCCAUCCUGGGGUGGCGGUGGGGGAGACAGUGCUUUGUUUCAGCGGCAGCCGUCGUGGCAGGGGGGUGCGUUGCCUUUCCAGCGCCAGCCGUCCAUUGGCUUCCGCAACAAGAUUGGCGCCUUGUUCCUGGGGGACGAGCGGGGGGCAGGAGGGGACGGUGCGGAGGAGGAGGGCGGCAUGGGGGAUCCGUCGAGGCUGUGGAGGAGGCACGGGACGAUAGGCCCGGGUGUGGGUCGGGCGGGAAGCAUGUCUGUCUCUCAUGCCGCUGCCCCCAUGCGCCGCGCCACUGCUGGUGGGGGGGACUUUGCUUCCUCUGCAUCUGUCUCUUCCUCCUCUGCUGUAGGCUUCUUUGGCCCCACGCGACUCACAGAGCUGGCAGAGCUAGCGCUCGUUCGUUCCAUUCUCCAUGCCCCCACCACUGCUGCUCGGCCUGGCCUCGCUCCCACCCCUCCCAGCACCUCUCCCUAUGCUCCCACCAAAGCCCCUACCACCACCCAAUGCAGUUCCUACUCGCACCGUCUGCGCCAGCUUGAUUCCCUCCUCACCACGCACGCGCUCGGCCCGGGGAUUCUCGCCCUAGUUUUGGCCGGGGAAGUUGCGGAACUACCCCAUUUAACCCAGGAGGACCUGUGGCUUUUAGCCGAUAGAGCAGACGAGAUGGGGUGUAUGGAGGCGGCUAUAAGAAUCUCUCUUAGGGCCGCCGCUGUCGCUUAUGAUGAUUUGGAUACUUUAGCAGAUACGGUCCGGGCGGCGAUGGUGCCUAAUGGAACGGAUCCCGUGCCGCAGCGGAUCCACCGGCUGCUCGGGGCGGCGCAUUUUGGACUGACGCACGCGCCGUCGGGCGGCGUGCGGUGGCAGUAUGCGAUGGCGUUCGGGGCGGCGUUUUUGGAGCCUCUGCGGGCGGCUGCUGCUGCCAGUGCUGCUGCUGAGGCGAGGAGUAGGGCGCUGGGGUGUGGCAGGGAGUGGGGCGGCGUGGAUGUGGGCCUUGGGGGAGGAGGGGCGGGCGCUGCUGCUGGGGGGACAGGAAUGGGAGUGGGAGGGGGCUGGGGGGCUGGAGUAGGAACAGGAGGAGGAGCACUGAGAGCAGGAGGAGAGGCAGCAGGAGCAGGGGGAGCAGGGGGAGCAGCAAGGAGGGGAGUGAGUUACCCAUGGGCAUACGAGCUAGCAAACGGGUUUCUGCAGCUGAGUCGAGUGUUCGGUGCACCACCCUCUCGAGGAGGAGGAGGAGGAGGAGGAGGAGGAGGAGGAGGAGGAGGAGGAGGAGGAGGAGGAGGAGGAGGAGGAGGAGGAGGAGGAGGAGGAGGAGGAGGAGGGGGAUGGGGAGGAGGGGGAAAAGGGGGAUUUGGAUGGGGAGGGGGGGGGGGGGAGGGGGAGGGAGAGGAGAAAGGGGAGGAGAAAAGGGAGGAGAAAAGGGAGGAGAAAGGGAAGGAGAAAGGGGAGGAGAAAGGAGAGGAGAAAGGGGAGGAGAAAGGGGAGGAGGGGGUGGAGAGGGGAGGGACCGAGGGGGAACGAAUGGAGGUGGAAGGGGAAGGGGAGGGGGAGGGAGAUGGGGAAGGGGAAAGGGACGGGGAUGGGGAGGGGAAGGAGGAGAAAGGGGCGGACGGUGUGGAAGGGAAAGGGGCGGAGGGGAAAGGGGAGGAGGGGAAAGCGAACGGAACAGAAGGGAAGGGGGACGAAGAGAAAGGGGAGGAGGGGAGCAAGGGGGAGGUUGACCGGGAGGGCGAGAGGGAGACAGGUAGAGAGGAAGAGGGGAAGGAAAGCGACGGUGACGGUGAGAACGUUAUCAUCUAUGCCGGGCAGUACUAUGGGAGCAGCGCGGUAAAUCGCGAUGGGAAGAGUGUGAGGCCGUUCCGCAGCAAGAGUGUGAGGCAGUGCGAUGGCAGCAGGGCAGCGGAGACUGGGGAGACUUUCGAGUCAACUCACAAGUCGUUUCGCAGCUUGAGUGUGCGAUCGGGUGAUGGGAGCAGCAGGGCAGAAGAGACGGGCGAGGGGCGGGCGAUUGCGAGCUUCUUCACAACCAAGGAAAGCGCUCUGAAGGCGGUGCUGGAGCGACGGGGUGAGGAGGAAGGCGGUGUAGAGGAGGAGGGUGUGAAGGAGGUUCGGGAAGGACAGGGGGCUGUGGAUGCAGGGGCUGAAGGAAGAGGGGGAUGUGAAGAGGGGGUGAAGGAAGGAGGUGCAGACGGGGCUUUGCAUGGGCAGCGAGCAGUGAGUGGGCCGGGGGCUCUGAAUGCGGCUUUGGAAGGAGAGGAGGCGGGCAGUCGGGUUGACAAGAAGACCUCUACCUCUCGUACCUCCACCUCUCUUGCCUUUUCCACCGCUACUGCCACCACGUCCCGCCCUCCGCCUUUCUCCCUGCACGCACAAAACGGCCGCAUCGCUCCCCGACCCUCUCCGCUAGGCUCGGCAGUGGCAGAAGGCCCGGACGGCCUGCCGGCCGAGGCUGAUCGGGAGGCUCGGCAGCGGCAGGUUCGGGAGGCGGCGCUGGUUCGGUGGGCGGCGGAAGUGAGCUUCCCAGGCGUGGAGGUGGGGUGGGCGCAGUGGAAGGCAGUGGGGGGGCUGCUGGAGAGGGAAAGCGUGUUGGCGCACAAGGCACUGCCUGUCAUGUGGGGGAAAGCAGUCAAAGGGACAUUCAAGGCAGUGACGCCAGACGGGGCCAUACCGGAGCAGCAGAUGCUGGAGGUGUUCGACUGGGGGCUGGAAGGGCUGCUCAUCACCCUCACCUCGCCCGGUCCCGUUUACCUCGAAUCCACCCCCCGAGCCUCCUCGCCUUGCUCCCUCUCCUACUCGCUUUUCCCCACCUCGGCUUCCACCUCCUCCUCCUCCACCUCCUCAGCUUCCUUCUCCCGUUCCUCCAACAAGCAACCGCAUGCAGCCCUCUCUGCACCCACCACUACCACCACCACCUCCUCCUCCUCCUCCUCCUCCUCCUCCUCCUCCUCCUCCUCCUCCUCCUCCUCCUCCUCCUCCUCCUCCUCCCCUCUCCCCCUCACACCCUCCCUCCACCGCUCGCCCUCCUCCCUCCUCUCAGCCUGGGCCUGGAUCGAGCGCCUGAUCUCCACCGUCGAUCCGCGCGAGAAGGACAUCGGGGAUCUAAUCCUGGCCGUUGCAGCGCGCAUGGCGGCGCACAUCUAUUGGCGGUGGCCCAGGAGGAGAGACAAUGCACGAUACAUUGCACGCUUGCUUCUCUAUGCUCACAAGCGCUUUGGCUGGCAGCAAGAGGGGCAGCAAGGGGGGCAGUGGGGGCAGUGGGGGGGGCAGUGGGGGCAGCAGGGGCAGCUGAGAAUGCGGGCGGUGAGGGUGAGUGAGCGGCUUUGGGGGUGGAGCCUUCCCGAUGCUGCUUCUGUCCGAGAACAGUGCGAGGACCCCGAUCCCGCUGUCUUCGUCACGAAUCCAUCCGCGGUAGUGAGUGCCCCGACUGGGGUGAACGUGGAUAUCACAAGUGGCGCUCCGGGAAAUGGCAACGGGAUUCAACCUGCUUUCCCGCAGCCCGGUGCUGGUAACCAGGUAACCAGUAGCUUUCCCGCUCCGCGUCCCACUGGCACGAUUUACAGCGUGCGGAGUUUUGGAGCCAAGGGAAACGGAGAGUCAGACGAUUCCGAUAGUUUUUUGGCCGCGUUCGCAGCAGCGUGCAACGCGUCUCUUGCUGCAGAUGACGGCACCGCCCCUGCAACGAUGCUCGUUCCAAGUGGAUACACCUUCUACCUCACGCCUAUUCAGCUGAUCGGGCCUUGCGGGCCAGGAGGAGUGAAUGUCCAGAUUGACGGGAACAUAACGGCACCUGAGAAGCUCUCUAGGUAUCCGUCGUCAUCCAGAAAGGGCAUUUUCGCGUUUCUUCAAUUUGGGAUGAUCACGAACCUGACGGUGUUCGGCUCGGGGUUUAUUGACGGGCAAGGGGAGUCGUUCUGGGAGAAAGGAGGCGACCGACCAGUGCUGCUGUAUUUCUACAUGUGCAACGGCACGAGCAUUAGCGGCAUCACCCUUCAGUAA